AUGAGAGGAAUCGGAAAUGUCGAGAAGCUGAAAAAAUAUUUGGUGUGUCUUUGGGUCGCGGCGAUGAUUAUUCUAGUCGUGAUUAUCGGAUUCAGAAUUGUCGAUGCGGAUAUUAUUCUUGAUCAGUCGUGGUACAUGUUGAUCCUGAUGAUUUCUCUCUGCACUACUGUAAUUGCGAUUCUCCUCGAAGGCCCAGUCCAGCGGUAUCUCAACAGCCGCCCUCCACCAGUCUCACUUGCUCGGCAAUAUGGACUUUCAAGACGAGCUGCUCGUCCAAAUAACCGAGAAGACGUCGAAAUCGACAACCGAUCCGAUCCGCCAUCGUAUUUGAGCUCGAUCCUGGAAGACCGAUCCCUGAUUCCUUUUUUCCAAAACAUGCAAAACAUUCGAUUCCACGAAACUUUUCAUAUUCCCGUCUUCGAAGCACCGCCAACAUACGAAGAAUGCAACGUUCUGAAAGAUCAUGAAGACGAAGUAGACAAUGAAGACUCAAGCGAAAUUUUUUCUGUAUAA